ACAAGGCUGGAAAUCAUCCUUCCCCUCAGUCCCCCUAUCCCUGGCCUCCCUCUCUCCGGUACUUGUCCUUUCCCGCCGGGUCUUGGGGGCGCUCCGAAGGGUGACGGCGCCGCCCGGCCCUCGAGGUCCAGCAAGGCCCUGGGGGGCGCGGCCGGCCGGAGAUCCUUUCUGCUCGCGGGGGUCUCCGCAGCCCUUACAAGGAGUUUGGCGGCGCUCGGGCGGCCCCGCCCGCCGGGCUCCCCCAGCCCCUCCUCCCCGCACGGUCGGGCCUGGCCGCGGGAAAGCUGCCUGCUAGGCGCGGGGCCCGGGAGGCCGGCGCCGCCGGGGCCGCGAGUGCCAGAGAAGCCGCCACUCGCUCCCGAGGGCCCCGACGGGCGGGCACGCUGCUCGGGGCCCUUAGGCCAGGACCCGUGUCCCUCUCCGCAGCGUCGCCAUGUCCUCGGUGUUCGGGAAACCCCGCGCGGGCAGCGGGCAGCAGAGCGCUCCCCUCGAGGUCAACUUGGCCAUCCUGGGGCGCCGCGGAGUGGGCAAGUCCGCCCUGACGGUGAAGUUUCUGACCAGGAGGUUUAUCAGCGAAUAUGACCCCAACUUGGAGGAUACCUACAGCUCCGAGGAGACCGUGGACCACCAGCCUGUCCACCUGAGGGUCAUGGACACUGCAGACCCGGACACCCCCAGGAACUGUGAGCGCUACCUGAACUGGGCCCACGCCUUCCUGGUGGUGUACAGCGUCGACAGCCGCCAGAGCUUCGAGGGCAGCAGCAGCUACCUGGAGCUGCUCGCUCUGCAUGCGAAGGAGACGCAGCGCAGCUACCCUGCUCUGCUGCUGGGCAACAAGCUGGACAUGGCCCAGUACAGGCAGGUCACUCAGGCAGAGGGCAUGGCCUUGGCGGGCAGGUUCGGGUGCCUGUUUUUCGAGGUCUCUGCCUGCCUGGACUUCGAGCACGUGCAGCACGUCUUCCACGAGGCAGUACGGGAAGCACGGCGGGAGCUGGAGAAGAACUCCCUGGCCAGGCCCCUCUUCAUCUCCGAGGAGAGGGCCCUGCAUCACCAGGCCCCACUCACGGCCCGGCAUGGGCUGGCCAGCUGCACCUUCAACACACUUUCUACUGCUUGCCUGAAGGAGAUGCCUACCGUGGCCCAGGCCAAGCUGGUCACUGUAAAGUCAUCCCGGGCUCAGAGCAAGCGCAAGGCGCCCACCCUGACACUGUUGAAGGGCUUCAAGAUCUUCUGAGGGCCCCUGCUCAGGAUUCCAGGCUCAGCGCUGGGCAGUCUGCAGGGCCGGAGCUGGCUUCUCACCACCGGCUUUCCUUCUGAUGGAACAGCAGCCCUCACCCUCUGGUGGACAGCUGACCCCUCCUCCAGCACCAGGCAGUGUCCCUGACACCCAGUUCACUGUAGGAGCAAUAGGGACAGGCAGAAAUUCUGCUCCUAUUCCCUCCAGACCUUGGUUUCCAUGGUAACCACCGCAUCCCUCACCCUGAAGGAAACAGCCACUGUGACAACGCAGAGACCUGGGGUCAGCCUGAAGUGGAAGAAAAUUGCAGCGUCCGUCAUGGCGCCAUCACCCCUUCCUGCUCCAUCUACAGCCAGGCCUGAUGUGGCCCCUGGUGGACAGCUCUGGGUGGACAGCUUCAGGAGGCACUGCAUAAGUGUGGGCCUGAGAGGUGCUGAGAGGUCCCAGCACCUCCUGGUGGACGGGAAGGGCAGGGCAGCUGCAGGUUUUGAGGGGGCCAGAGCCUGGCCCUCCUCUUGCCUUCUGACCUCACAGAACCCCCAGGCAACAAACCUCACAGUUUAUCCAAGUAAAAUCUAGUUGCAGUAAUCCUACGGGACAGCCUGUGAGAAGCAUAGGUGUCCCAGGAAGGCCUAUUUCCAGUCCUUUGCCUCUCAAUGAGGGUAGAGGGAGAGGGCCGUGGGUAGGCCAGGGAAGGGAGCCUCCUGUGUGUGUUUCCACCAGGAGGCAGGGCCCCCGUAUUUUCCAACCUUAAAUCAAGGACUCUGUCCGCAGGCCCUCAGGACCAGCCUUCUCAAGUUUACUGAUCAAAACUGCAGAACAAAGUCAUUCUCUCCCGUGACAAUCACCCAGGACUCCAGGGAGCCCACAGCUGGCUGUAUCAGACAUCCAGUAGGGAGAAACACAGUUUUCUGUUUGUAGUCUGGUGCGGCAGGACCUAGUACCCUUGGCAAUGGGUCUGCGUGUUCAAAGUCCACUUUUGUAAGAUACCACCUAAAGCAUUUUUGGUUCAUAAAGCAAAUUUUUGUAUCAAUUAUUUGGGGUUGCCACCACAGCUUAUACUGCAACACGGUGGCUCAGACGUGGGAUCGCGACACUCCUUUGGGAUCCCACGGUUAGCAAGAGAAGGGUCUCAGAGGCAGGGAGUUUCUUAGUUUUCUAGCUCUGUUUACCACAGGGCCCCUGGCCCAAAGGAAGUCUCUCACGGACCCUCAGCAGAUCAGCAGGUAGAGGAGAGGCCUGUGGUGGGGGAAGGGAGGGGGAGGGGAUUCUGAGUCCAGAAUCCUGCCCCUUCCUCACUCAGCCCUUCCAGGAGCUUGGAUUGAAAACAAUAGCUCUUGCCCAGACUUCAGCCACCUUCUGCAGACAGAGAAGCCGAGGUCAGAGGGAGGCUGUGAACUCCUCAAGGCCACGUGAGGAGUCCUGGCCAGGCUUCCUGACCCACAGGCUCGCUCUGGAUUUUGCACUUUUGCUUCAAGCCGCUUGUGUGUGGACCACUGCCAUUUGAACAAACUAUGCAACUCCAACUGCCCACAUCCAGAAGCUUUUUAAUAAAAAGGUUUUGUUCGUUUUUUCCUAACAGGGUUUUAGUUUGAUUGCCGUUCACUCACUCUGUCUGCUAACACCACGGGGGCACUGCCCUGCACCCUGACUAGCUCUCAGGUUCUCGUGGGUCUGGAAGAAUGGCUGGCGGCACAUCACUGUCUUUUACCUCCAUUUCCACCUGGGCCAACUUUGGCUUUUCUGAGAGCAAAGUCUCUCUUAGGGUGGUCAGGUUGUCGUCAUCUUUGUUUCUGGCCUCGGCCAAGUACAGGACUUCUGGAGUUUGUUUUUCCGGUGGCAGCCUCUUUUGAUUUCUGGGAGGAGAGAAAACACUAUGGAAUGUGAGUUCCCUGAGUUGGGGUGCCGAGUGUUUGGGGUAAGACUGGGUCUCCCAGGUGGGUUAGUGAGUUUGAGGUAGAAAUCCAGUACACAGUUCUGGGAACAGUUUCGGGAGAAGCCGAGAUGGUGCCAUGGUUUUUGGCAGAGAAACAUCUUAUACUUGUCUGUGUGUCACCUUACCAAAUCCUCAGUGCCACCUGUGAGCUCAACUACUAUUGCUCCCCUUACAGGUGAUGUAAUGUGGCUCAGAGGGGCCAAAGGAGCACAUGCCUGGGACGUGCGUUUAAGUUUCCUGACUCUGAGUCCCGUGUUCUUUUCACCAAACCACAUUUUCUCGUCGCAGGGCUGUCAUCCUACUUAGUGCAAGUCCUUGUCACCCCACACCCCAUCCCCACCCUCAUUCCACCCCAUCU